AUGCUGCCUAGCGACCGCACCUUGCGGGAUCGGUAUUUGCGCGCGAAAAGACGCCUCAAACAAAUUGAUCAAAGGGAUUGUCCUAUGGAGCGCAGGGAAAAUGAGAUCCCAACGCCUACAAGUUGUGACUAUACUUCGGUGUACUAUGAAUUUGGAUCGGGCUGGUGCAAUAGCCAACUCCGUCGAGCUUUCGAACUUGCCCGGAGACACAGAUUCAACAGUAGACAUGGGCACAUCCCACUUAGACUCAU